AUGGCCGGACAGUCGUUGAUCAGGCUCAUGAGAUUGCGAGGCAGGUGUCUGAGCCCUCCAACAGCACGGCAGGUUGUCCUCGGUCAUCUCGCCAUUUCUUCUUUCUGCAGCCGCCAGGUCCGUGCGACCAUCAAUCAAGGUCUCGUUCCUCAAUGGAAUGUGUUCGGGUUGAUGGCGUAUGGAGUCCCAUCCCUUCUUCCCAAAGACUGUUGGAUAUGUACAACCAGCACCAGCACCAGCACCAGCACCAGAACCAGCACCGGCACCAGCACUCUCCCCAGUCCUACCCCCAGCUCCCAAACGGAUGGCAAACGGUCUGACCGCGGCACUCGUAGAUCCCGUGACGACAGCCCAAAUGCCGAGCCAGGCAGAAAGAAACAAAAGGUGUUGAAGUGUUUGUCGAAGGCCAUCAUCUCCGACACCGAGGAUGAGGACAGGCAGCCAACAGGGACCAUUGUAGUGAAACAGGGAAUGACUAAAAAUGUCAAGCAGCCGGAAGCUGAAGCCAACAUCGGCCGAGUCCAGCCAAAGGGCAAAGGCAAGGAGAAGGCUGUGAAUAUCGCCGAGCCUGUGAGAGGUCAUGGGCUACUGAAGGCCGAUGCUGAGGAGGGGAGCCUUGUUUUGUUGUGGUCGGCAGGAAGGGCCAAGCCAUCAAGUCCUGCCAAGUGCCACUUCAUGAAGAGCGACCUCUCGUGCAGUCCACCAACUCCUAUCGUGGAAUCUGAGGAUACUGCGGAUACCGAAGCGUCUGCUACCAGUCAAGAUGAUGUCGAGAUGGACCAUGAUACUGACGCCGAGCGGGACACCGACAUCGCCGCCGAUAUGUCGGAUGAGCCCGCUGAUCAAAUCAUGGUUGACCAGCCCGGAGCCAUAGCUUCUGCAGCCGACUUCCCUGCCGACCAUUGGCUGGAGGCCACUGAUGACACGCCCAUUCCGAUUCCCCCACCAACUCCUCUGGUUGAUCCCCUUCCCUUCCUUCAAACACCCACCAUCCUCGAAUCUGAUGUCGGUGCCACCGUGACAUUGGUGAAUGGACUUGUCUGCCUGGUUGAGAAACUUCGGCAGGAGCGGGUCAUUGCCAAUCCAUCAUUCCCGCCACCAAUGCCUCAGCCAUGGCAACGAGUCCUCCCACCACCAAUUUGGUAUGAGGUACAUGAACAGCGUGUUGUCGGCCCUUCGGCUGCUCCCACCUCUCUUCUGCUGGAGUCAGUUCAAACCUCAGCCUCCCGCCCUCCUGUCAUCCCGACACGCAGGGUGACACUUUCACAUCCGAAUAAAUCAUAUGUCGGUCGGCUCAUCAUUCCUGUAAAUCACUUGGUUUCUGUACUCAUUGUUUUGGCAUUGAUUCAAUUGUAA